ACGAUAGGAACGUAUGAGACUCGCAACGUCUUGCUUGCACACAAACUCAAUGUCUUUUAUUAUGUUACUUGUAAUUAACUUAACUUGUAAGUCCAUUCUUGUCUCUAUAUUUAAAAUAUGUAUGUAUGCUCUGUUUGCAACUUCUAUCAAGUUGUUGUAAAGAAGAGAACAUAGAGAAGACACUCUUAUUCUACAAGAAGAGCUUAUUCUAUACAAUAUUUGAAAGUUUGGAGAUAUGGCAUCGGUCUUUAGAUCACCCACAAAGUUGAUUCUUGUAUUUGGUGUAUUGGUUUUGUGUUCUGUUUCUCCUGUCCAGAGUUGGAGUAAAGAAGGUCAUGUUCUUACAUGCCGGAUUGCUCAAAAACUUUUAGAAGCAGGACCGGCACAUGUUGUAGAGAAUCUACUACCAGAUUACGCGAAAGGAGACUUAUCGGCAUUAUGUGUGUGGCCAGACCAGAUCCGACAUUGGUACAAGUACCGUUGGACCAGCCCUCUCCAUUUCAUCGACACUCCCGACCAAGCCUGCUCUUACGAAUAUUCCAGGGAUUGUCAUGAUCAACAUGGAUUAAAGGAUAUGUGUGUGGAUGGAGCAAUCCAAAAUUUCACGUCUCAGCUUCAGCAUUACGGUGAAGGAACAUCUGAUCGUCGAUAUAACAUGACUGAAGCCCUUUUGUUCUUGUCUCAUUUCAUGGGAGAUAUUCAUCAGCCGAUGCAUGUCGGAUUUACAAGUGAUGAAGGAGGAAACACAAUAGAUUUACGUUGGUACAGACACAAAUCAAAUUUACAUCAUGUAUGGGACAGAGAGAUAAUUCUCACGGCUCUAAAAGAAUACUACGACAAGGACUUGGAUCUUCUCCAAGAAGAUCUUGAGAAGAACAUCACCAAUGGAUUAUGGCAUGACGAUCUAGCUUCGUGGACAGAAUGCAAUGAUCUCAUCGCUUGUCCACACAAGUAUGCUUCGGAGAGUAUACAGUUAGCUUGUAAAUAUGGUUACGGAGACGUGAAAUCCGGUGAAACAUUAGCAGAGGAUUAUUUUGAUACAAGGAUGCCAAUAGUGAUGAAGAGAAUUGUUCAGGGAGGAGUUAGACUAGCCAUGAUACUAAACCGGGUCUUCAGUGAUACUCAUGCUGAUGUUGCUGCCACUUGAACCGAUCCAGACCAGACCGGAUCAUCAAAGCAUUUGAUUAGGAGAUUAUUUGGUCAUUUCGCAAAGUUAAAUAAGACUGAUUGGAUGUUCAUUUCUUUGUAGCCAUUUCCAUUUGACAGCUAAUGCCUGAGGGCUAGUUAUUUAUACAGAUGUGUUUAGGAGGUCAUAUGCUAAUUCCAUUGUGUGUUUGUUUUAUAAACUAUGACGACAUGUU